CAUUAUGACUAAUUUGUAAUCAAAUCCCUAAAACAAAUCACGUUCCUUGAAACACACACGCUCUUCCCCCUUUUUCUCCCUCUCUCGACCUUCUCAAAGCUUCCAACUUUUCCUGCAACUUUUAAGAAUGUCCUACUCCGAUAGUAAUUCGGAUCAACCCUCACCGGCUACCCGUCUCUACAACCCCUAUCAGGAUCUUCACCUUCCUUCCCAAACACUCUACCACCUUCCCACCUCGCCGGAAUUCCUCUUUACCGAAGAAUCUCUCCGCCAACGCCGCUCCUGGGGCGAAAACCUUACCUUCUACACUGGCUCCGCCUACCUCACCGCAUCUCUUGCUGGCGGCGGCUCCGGGUUCUUCUCCGCCCUCCGAUCCUUCGAGCCCACUGACACCCUCAAGCUCAAGGUCAAUAGGAUCCUCAACUCCUCUGGCCAUUCGGGUCGGAUCUGGGGCAACCGGGUCGGGAUUGCGGGUUUGAUUUAUGCCAUGAUGGAGAGUGGCAUCGUAGCGGUCACCGAUAGGGAUGAUGUGUGGAGUAGCGUGGCAGCUGGGCUUGGAACUGGGGCGGUUUGUAGGGCGGCCAGAGGGGUUCGGUCAGCGGCAGUGGCAGGUGCUCUUGGUGGAUUAGCUGCUGGUGCGGUGGUGGCUGGGAAGCAGGCGUUGAAGAGGUAUGCAAUGAUUUGAAGGAAAGAGAGCUAGAGAAAAAGGAGAGAUCAAAUUAAAAGAAAAGGGAAAAAAGGGUUUUUAGGUUUUUUUUUUUAAAAAAAAAUUAGUGUAAUUUGUUUCAGUUUUGAGGAUGAAUCUGUUAGUUAUUAUAAUGAUUAAAAACCUGUUGGAAUGAAGGAUUUCAAAGGAAAUUAUUAGCAGAAGAAUGAAAUAACUGAUGCUACUUGUGAACUGGUCUGAUCGAUGAUGAAUAGAAUAGCAUUUUAUUGUGCCAAAA